AUGUUAAUUGAAAAGUCAGAUAAUGUCCGAUGGAGAUUUGAUUAUUUAACAAAAAUCAUCAAGUUACGGGAAGAAAAACGAAAAAUAUACUAUCUCAAUGAAACAUGGCUUGACGAAGGACACACAAAAUCAAAAGUAUGGCAAGAUGUAAGUGUGCAGUCCAGUCAGAAAGCUCAUAGAGAAGGCCUGUCUACGGGCUUAACAGCCCCAACGGGAAAAGGAAAACAUCUGAUAAUAUUACACAUAUUGGAUGAGGAUGACAAGCCAGGUGUAAUAGAGUGUCUGCAUAUUGAAGUGUGGGAGUGUGCAUCGUUGUAUGCCCUCAAGUAUGCGGAGGAGUUUGCACCACAUACACCUGGCUUCGUGGCCGCCGUGUUGCAUGUAUUAUUACUCGCAGGACCGAAGGAGAAAUAUGAUGCCCUAGAGUUUCUAGCGAAAGUCGCUGAGAAAAAUAGUUACGAAAAUCUGUUCGAAGAUCCGGCCACGCUCAGUCACAUAUGCGAGGAUAUUGUCAUACCUAAUAUGGAGUUCAGAGAAUCAGAUAUCGAGUUGUUUGAAGAUAAUCCCGAGGAGUAUGUGUGGCGUGAUAUCGAAGGUUCAGACGUUGCGACCAGACGCCGCGCCGCCUGCGACCUAUAA